AUGUCAUCCUCCCCCUCCUCUUCGUCCCCCGCAAUUAAACCACCUCUUCCACCAUUCACUCGCGCCACAGCCAUUCAGAAAGUCAAAGCCGCGCAGGACCUAUGGAACACGCGUAAUCCUUCGCUGGUGAAGAAUGGAUAUACGCCAGAUUCGAUAUGGCGGAACCGAGAUACGUUCUUGAAAGGAACGGAUGAAAUUGUGGAGUUUUUGACGAAGAAAUGGAGUGUUGAGAAUGGGUAUAGGUUGAGGAAGGAGUUGUUUGCUUUUACAGAUGAUAAGAUCGCCGUCCAGUUCUGGUACGAAUGGCACGAUACCACUGGGCAAUGGUGGCGGACGUAUGGUCUUGAAGACUGGACGUUUGCACCUGAUGGACGCAUGAGGAAGAGGCAGAUGAGUGGGAAUGAUGUCAAGAUUAAGGAGGGAGAGAGAUGGUUCAAGGAUGGUGUGGAUGUGAAUGAGGUUGUGAUUGGAGAGGAACAUUGGUAG